GCACCUCACCCAAUCAAAUGGCAGUUUGCUCUCAACUUAUUAGCUGACUGGGGCUUUGUGAGGGGGAUGUUGCCUCUCCAUUUUCACAGAUUGUUAUUUUGUGAGCGUGUUACUGUAUGUGUGUGUUAGUGUUUUUAUGUGUGUGUAUGCAUGAGAGUGCGUCCCUGCCAUGUCGACAUCCGGAGCUCUGACAGGAUAUUAUGCUGACUCUCUUGUUAUGCCGGACAACGAGGAGACUCGCUUCUCCUCAGGGUCAGGGCUCAUUCAGCACAGGCCCUCCGUUCUACCCACAGACCAUACAGAGCUCGGUCCCUGCACAUUCCCGGCAAAGCAACCCGUUUAUGGUGGCUCGGGUUGGGGCCACAUCCCAACGCAUUUCUCCAGCGGUGUACCGUCAGUGUAUCAGCCGCAUACGCAACCUCCAGUAGCUGGGGAUUACGUGCAGUCUUGGCUCUUGGACUCUGCAUGUGGGCUGCCUCUCACUGAGCUACCGACGAUCCAUCAUCACUUUCAUGCCAAACCUGAUACAAAUAGAACGAAUGAUAACGGCACAGAGGCCAGUUCACAUGCCGUACUACCUUCUGGAGACUUCACUAAUGGAGGAUGUUCUGCCGACACUGAGACAGUUUCUGGCCGGACUGCUGACAAGGGAGGCGAUAUAGAGAAGAAACCGGGCGCUGAUCCAGACAACCCUGUGUCCAACUGGCUUCACGCGAGCUCGACGCGUAAAAAACGAUGCCCUUAUACUAAGCACCAGAUCCUCGAGCUGGAGAAAGAGUUUUUAUUUAACACUUACCUCACGCGCGACCGGCGGUACGAGGUCGCCCGUCUACUGAACCUCACGGAGAGACAGGUCAAAAUUUGGUUCCAAAACCGCAGGAUGAAGAUGAAAAAAUUAAACAAAGAUGGAACGAAGGACGACUAAGAAUGAAGCACUUCGUGUAGGUGAGGAUGUGAGAUAAUCCAUCCUUUUACUGAAAUGAUCAUGUCGUGGGAUUUUACAUUAGGUCUUGUGUUAUUCAAGCAUUUUGUUAACGCAUGCUGGGAUCCAAUAGUUUUAUAUAUUGGAUUAGGCUAAUUUUUGUCAUGAGUGGUUCCAUCUUACUGAAUACGGCACAAUUAUUUUUUCCAGACGUAUUUUUAAAUACUCGCUGACGCUGCAUUCUUCAAAAUUUCAGUUGGACCAAAUUUAUUAGUAAUGAAUAAACAUGUUGGAACAAUAUGCUAUACCUCUUCAAUUGUAGUUAGUAUAUCCGUGUGUAUUUCGGCCCGCAAAUUAAGUUCUGUAGCGUUUCCUAAAUUUUCGCUAGAGUGAGAGAGAGGGAAAAAUAUGGGCCCAUGUAUAUGUAAAGUCAAUACACUUGUGUACAUGAGAUAUGUACCAUUAGAAAGUAUUUCCUUUUUUUUGUAUGUGCUAUUAGAAAAUUUUGUUUUGUAUUGACAAUUAUGACAUUACCACUACCUAGUCACUUCACUACCUAUUUGUUUUGAAUCGACCAAAAUUUUCACGCCAUAUCAGCCGAUAUGAUAUUGGGUGAAGUCUGUGAACUUCAGGGAACCAGUAAAAAUAGAUACUGAGCUGUAGAAAAAGCACUGUAGGCAACUUUUUAAAUACCUCAUGGU